AUGAUAACGAUAACCUCACUUAACAUUUUGCUGACUGUCGUGUUUCAAGCUUGUUUCAUCCAAAUUACUCCCGCCACACUUGCCGCAAUUGAUAUUCAGACGGGAAGCGAACAAUUAAUGCGGUUAUCGGGUGAAGAUGAUGAGAAAUAUCACGAUAGUGAAGAAUACGGCGGCGACGAUGAUCACAGCGCAGAAGCAAUGUAUCGUGAAGAUCUUUUUGAAGGCGAUAUUGUGCUAAUCGGUAAUAGCAACACUUCAUUUCAUCGUAAAUCGAUGAAUGGGCAAAAUGUUGGUUAUGAAAAUCAGAACAACUCUGCUACUUCUCAAAUUGAAAUGAGUGCAGUAAUGUUACGCAAUGCGGUAAGACAAAAAACAUUAUUAUGGCCAAAAGGACGAGUACCAUACGUCAUCUCUUCGGCAUAUGCCAAUAUCAGCAAACUUAUAAUUUUGGAAGCAUUUAAAGAAUAUGAACUUUUGACAUGUAUACGAUUUGUUCCCAAACAAUUAUUCGAUUUUGAUUAUAUUUUUAUUGUACCUCUCGACGGUUGCUAUUCAAUGGUUGGCAAUAAUGGUGGCAGACAGAUAUUAAGCUUAGGCGAUGGAUGCUUAAAUAAAGGAAUUGUAAUUCAUGAAUUAAUGCAUGUUAUUGGAUUUUAUCAUGAACAAAAUCGCGCUGAUCGAGAUUUCUACGUGAAGAUAAUAUGGGAGAAUGUGAAGCCAUCCCUUGCUGUUGAUUUUUUUGUUUAUGAACAAUUUGAUAAAUAUUCACCAACGAUAAUUGAUGAUUUGGGCUCACCUUAUGAUUACGAUUCUGUGACACACUAUUCUGCAAAAGCAUUUAGCAGAAAUGGUAAACCAACUAUAAUCCCCAAAUCUGAUACCGAUAAAGUUAUCAAAAUUGGUCAACGACGUGGUCUUUCUUCCAUUGAUGUUAAGAAAAUUAAAAAAUUAUAUAAUUGCAUUCAGCAAGAAGAGGAAAGUAAAGAAAUGGAAUUAUCAAGCACGAUUAGUGGACAAUUUACGACAACACCAGAGGCUACAACUCUUUCAUCCAUACCAUCUACAACAGCUCGUAAUAUAACUCUUACAUCCAUAUUAUCAACAACUCAUAAUACAACUCUUUCAUCAAUAUCACCAACAGCUCAUAGUACAGCUCUUUCAUCCAUGAUUCAAAAUUUCAAGGUACCUUCGUCAUUUAUAUCAACUUACAUGAAUGAUUCAACAAGUCCAUUUUCUGUGAUAAAAAUUAGUGUUAUAGCAAUAUCUGAUCUAACAAUUGUCGCUUCGACAAGUAUGCCAUUUUAUGACUAG